AUGUCGAAACCCCACGGGGCCACGCAGAAUUUGCAUGUUUCUCAAGCAGUGCAAGCCGAAGGAGCGAUAGCCACCGCAACCUCGCAGAAAGCAGCUCUGGAAGCAGCCAUUAAUGCCGCUGAACAUUACAUGAAGGCAUUGCGCCUGGCAUCUUCUGAUGACAGGAAGCUACUCGAUUCCAAAUGCAAGGAACUCCUCACCCGGGCCGAGCGGAUAAAGGCUGCCGCGGAUUGGCAACCGGCGGCCCGCCAGAAACGUGUCGCCGGCUUGCGACCCCCCACGUCCAAGCGCAAGCUCACAACCCGUGAAGAGAUCAUCAUAUUGGAGGGAGCAAAGCUGAAUGGCUUUAUCUUUCCACCAUGGGAGCGCCCGCCGGCCUCCGCUGAAUUCGAUCAGCCAUUCACUGAUUCGCCCGAUCUGCAUCUGUCUCAAUGUCAGACGGAAAUAUUUGCAGGAUGGAAGCGACCGUCCGAUUUGCUACAUGCAAGAAAUACGGCAAACAAAACCCAACCGGCAGUUGCGGCAGUGAUGUCUGUCACAGGGACAGCCGAUCUCGUGCAAGAUGUCUUGACCGAUUGUUCUGUAGUUGCAAGUCUUUGUGCAACUACCUCGAGAUCGGAGCGCGGACUAGGAAAUCAUGCCUCGCCAGCGAUGUAUCCCUGUGAGACCGGCUCAGACCAACCGGCUCUAUCGCCAUCAGGGAAAUACGUCUUCUGUUUCUAUUUCAACGGGUCUUUUCGAAAAGUCGUCAUAGAUGACCGGUUGCCAUCUUCGAAUACAGAACGAUCACUUCAUGUGAUUGACCGGAAUAACCUCAACUUCUUAUGGCCUGCUCUUGUCGAGAAAGCAUAUCUGAAAGUUCGCGGUGGGUAUGACUUUCCUGGCAGCAACUCAGGGACAGAUCUCUGGGUGUUGACCGGCUGGAUUCCUGAACAAGUCUUCCUACACAAUGAGGAUGCAACAUCGGAAGAGAUUUGGAAACGUUUGUACCAAGCGUUCUCCUAUGGUGAUGUCGUUCUGACCAUCGGAACCGGCAAAUUGACCGAACGGGAACAACAAGGCCUGGGCUUAGUGAGCGAGCAUGACUAUGCUAUCUUACAUAUGAAGGAGAACAACGGGCGGCGUCAGUUCCUGCUCAAAAAUCCAUGGGCAGGUGCGGAGCCUAGCAUCAUCCAGACUAGCCGGCUUGAGCCGGCGGCCUCUGCAAACCCCUCGUCACCACUAUCUCCAGGGACUUUCUGGAUGGAUUGCGAACAGGUCUUCCAAAAUUUCGAGAACCUCUAUCUCAAUUGGAACCCAGGUUUAUUCAAGCAUCGUGAAGACAUACAUUUCACCUGGGACCUUUCUCAGGGACGGGUCCUUGCUGGGUGCUUUGUCAGGAAUCCCCAGUUCUCGGUCUAUAGCGAGGUGGGAGGCACCGUUUGGUUGUUGCUAGGCAAGCAUUUCAAGGGCGACCAGCACUACUUGAAAAAUGAAAGUGGCGAGCUGGGCUUUAUCAGCAUCUACAUUUUCCAAGCAGAUGGCACCAGAGUUUCUUUGAGCGAUGGAGCCCUACAUCGCGGGCCCUAUGUGGAUGCUCCGAACACUCUCAUGAGACUCGAUAUGCCUCCAAGGACUACCUACACUGCCGUGAUCUCAGAACAGUCACUACCCUCAUCAAGCCAGAAUUUUACUCUUUCAGCAUUCUCAACAUCGCCGGUUUCCCUGGCCCCCUCAAGAGACAAACACAUGUGUCUUCACAAAUCAAGUGGCUCCUGGACAGCAUUGACAGCCGGCGGGAACGCAGAGUCUACCCGGUAUUCUUCCAACCCGCAAUUCAGUCUUCAGGUCCCUGAAAUGACAGAUGUUUCAAUUUUACUCGAAUCUCACGAGGCCGAGCUCGCGAUGCAUGUGAAGCUCUUUUGGUCAAAUGGUCAACGUAUCGCGAGAGUUCGAAGCCGAGACAUCAUUGCCGACAGCGGAGAUUAUCGUCGAGGAUGUGCCCUAGCCGAAACGAAGUCCCUCGACAAGGGUAUGUACACCAUUGUCUGUUCUACCUUCGCGCCUGACCAACUUGGCCGCUUCAUGCUCUGGAUCUCCUCUUCGAUUCCAUGUGUGGUACAACCAUUGGCCUCCGAGUCCGCCGGCCGCCGAAUCACUGUGUCUAGUGUCGGCGUUCUAACUCCAGGAAAAGACCGGAUGCUAGCGUCAUUGCAAGUAUCGCGGAUGACACAGAUCAAACUCGUGGCAAAGAGUAAAUUAUCCAUGAUUGGAUCUCGUUCCGUCGCCCCGUCGCCUGUUUUGAUGACCGUGGAACUGGGCCAAGGCCCGUACAAGGAGACAUUGGCCGUUUCCGAAGAUGGUAGUCAUUGCGAUGCCCCGUCCGGGGUGCGGGUGGAUGACUUUAAUCUCAUGCCGACUCCUGCCUCGCGGGGCAAAACUUGGAUUGUCAUUGAGCGCAUUGGAGGGCCUGGGGGACAAGUGGAAGAUCAAUUUCAGGUAGAGGCCAUGGCUGAGGAGCGAGUAGAGAUUGGCGAGUGGAUUGUCGAAGAUGCUUGA